AUGGAAGCAGACAAGGUCACAGAAGAGCCUCAUACCACCAUGGAUGUGGAAGAGAGCCUUUCUUCAAAGGACCCCUCUGCUGAGGACUCACAGGAGCCCCCUAUCCCUGAAAUCCCCUUAGAGCCCCUUGCCUCUGAAUCUCAUAUGGUGCCAUCCAUUUCCCAGAUACCUUUAGAGACCCACACCUCUGAAACCCCUUGGGAGCCUUCCAUCUCUGAGAUUCCUUUAGAACACUCUGCCUCUGAGGUCCCUUUGGAGACCCCUACCCCUGAGACCCAGUUGGAGACUCACAUCUCCAAGGACCCAGAGAAACACCUUACUUUUCAGACCUCAUCACUAAGCUGUGUCUCUGUGUCUUCCUCUGAUUAUCUGAAGGAAGCCUUCUCUGAGUCUUCCUCCAGUGAGGGCUCAUGGACAAGGAGGUCUAUCCAGACCUCUGAAUCUGAGAGCGUUCCAAAGCACUCCCUUUCAGGCCUUCCAGCCCAGGUCCACCUGGACACAUCUGCAAAAGAUGGGGAAGAGGAAGAAGAGGGAGAGAAAGGGGUGGCUGCCACUGACAGCACCGCUCACGCAGCUCAGCCUGAACACCAGCUGGACAACACCAUCCACCCAGUGGUCCCUGCUGAGCAGGCAGACCUGGUGGAAGUGACUAAGGCAAUGCACAAAGGGAAGUUUGGUGCUCAGGUGAAUUAUCUUUUCCAGUGGGAGAAGGAGGCAGCCCUGAAUGCCAUCCAAACAGGUCUCUAUAUUGGCUGGCGCUGCCCCCAUUAUCUAUGGGACUGUUUCCGGAUUGGGGAUGAGUCCAAGUGCUUUUGUGGACACUUGUUGAGAGAGCACCAGAUCAUCUCAGACAUAUCCGUGCCCUGCAAUGUGGGCCAGUGCCGCUGCCUCAUGUUCUGCUUUAUCCCAUCACGCCCAGAGGAGGUGGGUGAGUUCUGGCUCAAGAGACGGGCCACCUUUGACCCCAGGGCUUGGAGAGCCCAAUGUCGCUGCAAACACAGCCACGAAGACCACACAGCUACCAGGUCCCAUUCCUGCAAGGUCAAAGGCUGUUGGUGCAACUGCUUUGAGUCUAAUUUCCUCUGUGCGGCCUGUGACCGGCGCUGGGAAGAACAUGAGACUUUCUUUGAGACUGAGGAGACCCAGCAGCGAGGAGGGAGGCCUCACAGUGAGGGGGCAACCUGGGGUAGGGGCCCACUCCAGGGUCUGUAAUCAGAAGGCCAGGCAGGAAGGCACUCCUGCCCCCAACCACCCCAUCCAGGACUACUUCACCCCUCCCUCCUGCAUCCCAUACCCGCACUGGUUUCCACCCCCAGGAGCAGAUUAUGUGCCUUUCGCGGAGAUGCCUACCCUCCGAGAAGCCAUCAUCAACAACUCUGACUUCGAGGCCCUCCAGGAGAAGGGGCCCUCUGGCCGUCCCAGCUCCCACCCUAGUUCCCCUGGGCUCCCUAGCCCAUGCAGUGUCCAGCCUGGCCCCAUAUCUGACCCCUGUACCUGACCCUUUCACCUCUGCUCUUCCUUCCUCCAGGGACAGACACCUGGCACAGGCCUCUGUGAGCCUGGCCCAGAUCAGCAAUAAAGGGAAAGCCACUGGAAUCUGACUGGCUCUGUAUGAGGCAGAUAGAGCCCAGCCUGGGGUAGACACCCUAGGACCUUGGAGUUGGCACCUACAGGGGGUGAGAGAGAGCACCAGGCAGGAGAGAGGCCGGAUCCAGCCAUCUGCCUCCACUGCACCCACGUUCAAACUGCUAGCUCUGGCAUCAGGAGGAGAGAGUGGCUUCAGGGAAGCCAAGGAGGGAGGGGAUUUCAAGAAGGAGCAGUGAUGUUAGACACAGAUAGGGGCUCCAGUAAGACAAAGACUGAAGAGUGUCCAUCAGAUUUUGCAAUCAGAAGGUCUUUGGUGACUUCAGAGGGUGCAGCUUCAGUGGUGCAGUGGACCAAACAGCAGUGAGUGUGAAGGAAUUUCUUUAAGAAACUUAGACGAAAGGAGCAGGGAAGAAGUCAGACAAUAUCUACAGGGGGAUGUGGGGUCAAGGAAGCAUUUUUUAUUUAGGAAAAGGGGAGGGGCCAGUAGAGAAAAAGACCUUGAAGGGUACAGAAGAGAAAGAUGCCUCGUGAAGCCAGAUCCCAAAGAUGGAAGGAGAGGAUGGGGUCAAGGCGAAAGUGAAGGGAUUCACUCUGGACAGGAGAAACACCACUUCUUGAGACCAGGAGGAGGAAGGAGGAUGGAAGAAAGGAUGGAAGAAAGGAUGGGGCCUUCACUGAGCUGCAGGGAGUAGGAUCUGGUGGAAGUUCCCCUGUGAAGUAGGAGACAAGGUCAGUUGCUGGUGGGGGAGGAGAGGGAUAAGAGUGGGGGGUAGGAGACAGGAAGAGAGGUGAAGGUUUGGGAAGGCUAAUGAGGGAAACUGGAGAAAAACCUAAUCGGUGGGCAAUUAGGGAUUCAGGUAUAGUUGGAAGCAGAAACCUAGUUAGAGAAGCAGAGAAGCAAAAUAUUUAGAUUAAUGGGUGGUGAUGGGAAGGGUAUCAGGGAGGAUAAUCAGGAAAAUAAUGCAAAAGAAGGCUUGAGGAUGUGGGGGGAGCUGACCAUACAAAUAGGAAAGGAAAGUGAAGCCAGGAAGCAAUUGACAGAUUAAAAAAGGGAACAGUCAAAGGAACAGAAGUCUCAUGAGGUCCAGUAGCAGAUGUAGUGGUAGGGAUCAAAGUACAGGAGACAGUGGCCAGAACCCGCAGAGCGCUGCAGCUUUCAGAUGAGAGCAGUUGCAAGUGAUCACAAGAGCCUGGAGUGGAGAAGACUGUGGGCUAGGGGCCAGAAUCAGUGAGUGUUGGGGAUUGACUAGGAAGCCCAUUGGUGAUUCUUAUGGGGAAUAGGGGUUUCUGACACUAAUGAGCUCUGUGAUCUUAGACAAGUCACUUUCCCUCUCGGGGCCUCUGUUUCUGGAUCUAUAAAAAAGGAUAACCUCUGUGCUACCUGCCUCUAUGAGAAUCCAAAGAAAUAAACAGUUUCAAAGUGUUCUGUACUCACCUACCGCUCCUGGCUGGUUUCCUCUUCCCAGCACCUUUUAUCUCUUGCCCUUCUCCAGAGCAGCUCUAGGGGCUGCUGCUGUCCCAGAGGCACACGACAACGGCAGCAUCCAGGGCACAGAAAAGGCCAGUGUACAUACCCUCACGUUUAGGGAGGCCCUCUAUUAUUCCAAGGAAAGGCAUGCAAAUUUGACUGCUAGAACCCCUGGGGGAAAUCACAGGGUCAAAUGUCUGUCCUUUGGAGGAGAAAGGACUCUCUAACAAUAAUAUGGCUAUUCAAAAGAAAUAAUUACUAUCUCCAGAAGUAGAAUUUCCCAUUACUGGUUAUUAUGCAAUUAGCACCAUAGUGACCUCUCAGUAAAACCAACUCAGCUAAUAGGCAACAAUAAAGGAAUGGUUACUGUGAUAAACUCAUUCAAGAAAGUAUUAUGCAGCCAUUACAAAGUAUAUUUACAUAGACUAUGUAAUAAUAUGGGAAAUUGACUGUAAAUGGAAGAAUAAGAAUAUAAUAUGUAGGGGCUUCCCUGGUGGCGCAGUGGUUGGGAGUCCGCCUGCCGGUGCGGGGGGCGCGGGUUCGGGCCCUGGUCUAGGGGGAUCCCGCGUGCCGCGGAGCGGCUGGGCCCGUGAGCCACAAUUGCUGGGCCUGCGCGUCUGGAGCCUGUGCUCCGCAACGGGAGGGGCCGCGGUGGUGGGAGGCCCGCGCGCCGC